CGCAGUAUCACUUUGCGAAAGUAAACAAAAUAAAACGUCAGUCGUCAAUAUCCUAUAUACUAGAAACAAGUUCGACGAAACUGUACUGUCAAUUAUGGCUUCUCCUUCGAUCGAUGUUUACGUGAAACUUAGCACAGGUCGUGUCGUAACAUUCGAUCUCAUGCCUGAUCAAAACGUGGAGGAAAUUUAUCGAAAAGUUGCAAAAGAAGAAGACGUGUUCGAGAACCAAAUCGUUCUUCGAUACACCGGCAAAGUCGUCAAAAAGAGUCACACGAUAGGAUAUCUUGGAAUAUGCAGAGAAACCAUUUUAAAAUCAGAGAUUAUAGAACUUAAAGUGAUAAAUAUAUUUGUAAAACAAGCUGGAGGUGAUAUAGUGGAACUAACUUUAAACAAUUUGACUACACUAUCUCAAGUAAAAAAACGCAUACAUGACAAGCAAGACAUACCUACUAGCACUCAGAUUCUAAAGCUUGCUAAGACUGUGUUAUCACCGGACUCUGAGUCUUUACUGAAUCUUGGAGUAAAGGAUGAAGAUGUUUUGACACUUGUCAUAAAAAAAGAUGAGAAUCAUCAAAUGGAAGAAGAGAUUGAAAUAGAGGAAGACAUAAAACAGGAAUUAUUAAAUAAUUUUGCUGCUGAUCUUCCUUGUAACAAAGUUGUUGAAGUUGUGUUUUCUUUUGACACUACUGGUAGCAUGUAUUCUUGUUUACAAAAGGUGCGAGAUAAACUGGGUGAGACUGUGACUAGACUGUUAAAAGACAUUCCUAAAAUUCGCAUUGGUAUUAUGGCCCAUGGAGAUUACUGUGAUGACAAUGUUUAUGUUGUAAAAACCAUUGAUUUAUGCUCCAAUGUUCACAAACUGGUUAAGUUUGUUGUUGGUGUUGAUGCCACAUCAGGAGGAGAUAGCCCUGAGUGUUAUGAAUGGGUGUUAAGACGUGCACAGAUGUUAGACUGGAGUGAAGAUUCAGCUAAAGCCUUGGUUGUCAUUGGCGACGAUCUACCACAUCCUGUAUCCUACACAGAUCAAGCUAUCAACUGGCAUGAUGAAUUAGAUGUACUCAAAGGAAUGGGAAUUAAGGUCUAUGGAGUGAAAGCCAACAAUAAUAAUUAUGCAACACCAUUCUAUAAAGAGCUUGCUGAAAUCACAGAUGGUGCCUACAUACAAUUUAAGCAUUUCUCACUCAUUACGGAUAUGUUCCUUGCAGCACCUUUUCUAGGGCAUGCUUUGUCUGAUUAUUCAAGUUCAAUACAAAGAUGA